GCCAACUGCUUAGAGGCUAAAUACAACCCAAAGGCUCUUUUCAGAGCCACCCAGAGAUCUCAGAAAAGAGCUGUUGCACAUUACAAGGUUCGUGGCAGUAAGCCACAAGACACAGGGAAGGGGGUGACUCCUUAAGAUGAGGGUGAGGGUUCGUGGGACAGUGGUCCUAAGUAAAAUUCUAAGAUUUGCCGGAGCUGGAAAGAUAGCCACAUUUCGGGUCUAGGGAGUGCACCACUUUGGAAGCAACCUUGGCUGGAGACUUUUUUACCGGUCAAGACGCACAUAAUUGGUAGUUUGUAUGCAGCAGAUAACCGCCAGAACUUUGGUGCAGUUGAUGUUGAGAUGUAAGAGGGCCAGGAGCGAACUUUAAUUUGGUGCGGAGUUCCGCGCUCGCCAACAGCGCGUUGCCGGCCAGCUCCAGCAUCUAGGCGGUCAUUCAGCCGCCAGGUGCUCUCCAGCCGGCCCAAUCCGCAGAGCUGUUCUUGGGAGCCAGCAUUGACUCCACCCACAGGCCUAAAUCUUGUAGACUUUAACUGUCUCCUCUCUGUGACUAUGCAGCAAGCUUCUUUGGAAAGAUAUAAGAAACUUUGCGCAGUCUAGGUUAAGCUUUUUGAUUGGGUCAAAGCAAAGUAAUGAAACAGCCAAUGAAAUGCAGACCGGAAAGUGUUAUUUACAAUCGCAUUUGUGACGACAUACUUAGACAAUCCAAUCGUAAGCGCAAUCUUGUUAACUUUAUUUGAAUACCGCGUCUAUAAAUAAAUGCGAUUUUGCUGGAUUUGGUUAUUUUCCCACGUGUUUGCGGUACUGUUGUAAGUUAAAACGUCGCGAUGCCUGAACCCACCAAGUCGGCUCCAGCCCCGAAGAAGGGCUCCAAGAAGGCGGUGACCAAGGCGCAGAAGAAGGACGGCAAGAAGCGCAAGCGCAGCCGCAAAGAGAGCUACUCCGUCUACGUCUACAAGGUGCUCAAGCAGGUCCACCCCGACACCGGCAUCUCCUCUAAGGCCAUGGGCAUCAUGAAUUCCUUCGUCAACGACAUCUUCGAGCGCAUCGCUGGUGAGGCGUCUCGCCUGGCGCAUUACAACAAGCGCUCGACCAUCACAUCCAGGGAGAUCCAGACCGCGGUGCGCCUGCUGCUGCCCGGGGAGCUGGCCAAGCACGCUGUGUCCGAGGGCACCAAGGCUGUCACCAAGUAUACCAGUUCCAAGUAAACCUUUCAAGUAAGCGCCUUUACACUACACGUAAUCCCAAAGGCUCUUUUUAGAGCCACGCAUGCUUUCAACAGAUGAGUUGUAAUCCCUAAUAUUCUGAAUGCUCUCGUUCAGCUUCUCAUACCAAAUUUGAAGCUACGUUACCAUUCUUAAAUGUUCUGUUACAUCUGCGUGGAAAAGAUUUGUAAGGUACGGUGAAUAGUAGAAUAAACCGAGCUCUCACUAAGGGCUUGUACAAUUACGUAAAAUCAUUAGCUCAUUUAGUUUCACUUAACUAGAAAUUAAUAAAAACUUCGAUACAUUUCAAGUGUACCAUGUGUACGUCUGCAGGUAGAUGGUGAUGUUGGUUCUCUAACGACUGGAUGCACUCGGGGUGAUCAGUGCUUAAUAUGAGCCCAAAGGGCCCUGACAACUUUGUUCGCCUCAGAACCCCCCCCCUUUUUUUUAAUCUAAAUAUGUAUUACUAAAAAAGGCUGAAGACAAUGUGAAUUUUCACGGAAGUAUUACAAAGGGUUUCCCAGUUUGCUUGCUUUGCAAUUUGGCCAGUUUCUGCUUGAGGCUCUGAGCAGGCUCAGAGUGGGAGGGGAGGAGCCUAAUGGUGUGUCAGAAAGGGACAGAGGAAGGGGAAGGAGUCAGGUCUCUCAUUUACAGGCUUUUACUCCAAAAGAAGCCGUAAUAGCAGGGUCUGGUUAAAAGCCCUCCAAGUAACGAGAGGGAAGUCUAACAUUCAACGGGUUAAGGUGUUUGAGUGUGGUCAGGCAAUCGUUACCCUCAGGACUGAGGCCCCCUUUUCAGUACCAUUCACCCUUUCUCAGAUUCCCUGAGUGUCAAAGAAGUCAGGGUGUAGAAAGGAAAAGAAAGCCUCUUGACAGGAUGUGGCUUCUGGUGUGCAAGGUAAGCUGGCAUUAAGGUCUUUUACUGCUAGGGCAUGAAGUUACGUGGAGAAAAUAAAUCUUAAAAAAAAAAAAAAAAAAAAGGAGGAAUUGGGAAGGAGUAAUCAAUAUGGAAGGAACCAAUGACUCAGAGUUUGACAAGAUAGUUGUGAGAUGGAUGAGGCUAGGCUUGGAGUGAAGUGUUUAUUGAGAUGGAGAAUUUGGUUGAAGUUGAUGCUAGCAGAAGUAGGAAUGAAUAUAGCAAUUGCAGUGUCCUGACACCUUCCCAAAUAAACAUGGAUUCAUGCACUAUGGGGGUAGAUUUUUUCAUAACAUGAUGAGAUUGAUAACCUGGAUGGACAACUAAAUCCUGCAUACUUCUUUUUUUAAUUCCUAAAAGCACCAAAGAGCUGCUAAGAAAGUAGGGAACUUAGACCCAGGGACUUGACCCACAGGAAGCCCCCAGCACCACACCUGGCUUUCACCCAAACAUGACCUUUGGCUUUUAGGGUAUUUAUUACAAGGAGUCUGUCCAUGGUGGAGAACCUGAUAAGAAAUCUUUCUCCGUGAAGUUCAGACACCUGAUCAAAAGCAACACCCUCAAAGAAUGAACCAGAAAUAACUUCCACCCACAGCCACAAACGCACUUAACCACAGGUGACUGUAGAGAAAAGUUUGUGUGGAGAAUUUGGACUACAAGUGAG